AAAAUACUUGAAUCUACCCUUAAAUAUCUACAUGUAUAUUAUAUAUUCAAGGUCUUAACGUAUGUCAGUAAUGAUGAUAAAAGUAUGUGUCCUUUACUUAAGCAAAGAUUACAUCUUAAGCUUAUAAAUCUUCAAAUAAGACGUGCGUUUACAAGGCACAGAAUCUGAACUCUGACCAAUCACAGAAAUAUGGCCAGUCAGUCAUCCCAAGGCUACUCUUAUGCUGAACCAGAAAUCCAACAAUUUGUUAAAGAUUUUAGCAAACUAAUACUAGAUGAAGCUCUUAUACCACAAACUGAUCCAAAUACUAAAGUUCUCAAUUUUAGGCAACCGUUAGACUUGCAAAAAUUUUUAGAUCUGGAAAUUUACGAAGAACCUGUAUCACGUGAGAAAUUGUUGGAACUAGGAAGAAAAGUAAUAAAUGGAAGCAUUGUACCAGGCCAUCCCCGUUUCCUCAACCAACUGUAUACCGGGGUUGAUCCAUACAGUUUGUUUGGGGCAUGGUUGACAGAAGUCCUGAAUUGUAAUGUGCACACAUAUGAAGUGUCACCCGCCAUGGUGACGUUAGAAAAUUAUAUUUUCAAAAAGAUAUCAUCAAUAAUUGGAUAUCCAAACGGUGAAGGCAUUUUCUGUCCAGGUAGUUCCUUCUCGAAUCUUAUAGCCAUCCAUUUAGCUAGGUUUAGACACAAUCCCACUUUAAAGGAAAAAGGCUUGUUCUCGUGUGAACCAAUGGUGAUUUUAAAGUCGGAUGACGCACAUUAUUCUGUUGAGAAAGGGGCAAACUUUCUAGGAUUUGGAACGGACAAUGUUGUCAAAGUCAAAUCCGAUGAUAGAGGUCGAGUUAUUCCGGAAGACUUAGAAAACAAGAUCCAACAAUGCAGACAAAAAAAAUGUGCUCCUAUCAUGUUUAUGGCAUCUUGUGGAACAACGGUGUUAGGUUCUUUUGAUGAUCUUGAAGCUGUUGCUGAUAUUUGUCAACGGAAUAACGUCUGGAUGCACGUCGAUGCAGCAUGGGGAGGUGGUGUCAUGUUGUCUGAUAAGUUGAAAUAUCUAACAAAUGGCAUUGAAAGGUCAGAUUCAGUAGCAUGGAAUAUACAUAAAAUGUCUGGAGCAGGUAUCCAGUGUUCAGCUUUUGUUGUUAAGGAAAAGGGAUUUUUGGAAAAGUGUAAUGCAUAUAGAGCAGAAUAUUUGUUUCAACCAGACAAAAUCUACGACACUUCUUUUGAUAUAGGAGACAGAACAAUCCAGUGUGGUCGUAAAAAUGAUGUCCUUAAAUUGUGGUUGAUGUGGAAAGGUCGUGGUGAUAAAGCUAUGGGCACUAGAAUAGAGAAAGCAUUUGAUCUAGCAGCUUACCUAACAGAAAAACUAAAAUCUACAGAAGGAUUUCGAUUAGUUUUACCAGAGUUCCAAUGUACCAACAUUUCAUUUUGGUAUAUUCCACCACGUCUCCGCGGUAAACAAGAAACAGAAGAAUGGUGGGACGAAGUCGGAAAGGUAGCCCCAGCUAUAAAGGGUCGGAUGAUGCUUAAAGGUUCCAUAAUGAUCAGUUAUCAACCCUUAUCUUCGAAGGGAUUAGUCAACUUCUUCAGGGUUAUUAUAGCAAAUCCUGUAUGUGAAAAAUCUGAUAUGGAUUUCAUUGUUGACGAGAUUAUAAAUCUUGGACAAGAUUUGUAAAAUAUUUUGAUUUAAAUGAUAAUGUAUGCAGAUUAGAUCUUCAGACUUUCUCUUCAAAAAUGUCAAUACUGUUUUGAUAAAGUAAAAUAUUAUUCAACAAUGCAGGACAUCUGGUACUAAACAAGUUCACAACAGUUCCUAUUAUCAUAUGCAGAAAAAUCUCAAGACCUUAAUGACACGAGUUAAAUUUUAAGAAUUCCAUGGUGUUUGCAUGAAAUCUUAAUGAUGAAGCUCUCUGAUAGAAAAUAUGUAAACAGUAAAAAUAAACACCAUUCAACUACUUUUA